GUCGUAAAUUCAGUUUCCGUUAGGUCGUGUCGCGAAAAUGAGCGACGAAGGAUACCAGAACGAUGCAGACCAAAAAUUCCACGAAUUUCACGUUAGCAUGGGAGACCGGCUGAAAGAUAAUUUAUAUGGAAGUUUCAUACUUCGCGUAGUAAAUGCUUUCAACAAGCCUGUGACUUAUGUAAGAGAGAAAUGGAUAGAACCUAUGCAGGCCAAGAAUCGUGGUGUAUAUUACCAUAGGCAGUUCCGUAGGGUGCCAACCAUCGACGAGUGCUACGAGAACGAUCAGAUGUGUAUGUACGAAGCCAAUGAGCAGAUGAAGAGAGAUAAAAAUGUGGAUAAACAUAUUGUCAGGCAUUUGAAAUUUCGAUUUGAUGAUUGUCGAAGAACGUAUGGUGCUGCCGCACAAACUCGUUGUUACCAAACGUAUGAGGAGUGGCUUCUAGGGAAGGAAAAUUACAUGAUUAAAUGGGGAGAUUUACCGGCUCAACACAACGCUAUUGAUGCCUAUUAUAAACAGGUUCACAGAAUGAUCCAUGAACGACGACAAAACUUAAAGCAAGAACAGGAGGGAAUGGAAAAAUAGACCCAGUGUUAAAGUGUUACUUAUCAGAAUGAAUGUUUGAAGAAGGAAAUAAAUAUUAUAUACACUGUA